AGGGAGAGAAGACGAUGAAGGCACCAAACAUGGAGACCAUGAUAAAAUCUCUGGAAAAAUCUAUGCAAUAUAUUUAUCUGAAAGAUUGAAGAAGUUGACUCGGAAUAUCAGAGUUGAUGACGGAAGAGAGCAGCAACAAACAUAUUCCUCCG